AUGGAUGAGUUAGUGUGUAGAUUAGGGAUGACGCGCAAAAACCGCUGCAGAAUGCACGAGAUAUUAUUCAUAGCAAAAAAAUAUUCUCUACUAUUGCCUGACAUAAUACUGAUAUUUUUACAAAUCCGAUUGAAAAACCCGGAGGUGUUACGCCAAGCCGCUUUCUUUGCUAGUAAGCUGCACGUAGCGCUCAGCAAAGGUGCCCGGAACGGUAACGUCCCACGCCAAGCACCUGUCGGCUCUCCAAGGGAUCAAGGUACACCCGUCAGGAUGGGCGGUGCGCAGGGCUCCGUCAAAUUCGCCCAAUUUAGAAGGGUCAAUGUGUUUAGAUGUACGCAGGAAGUUCUAGAUGCAGGCAAUAAUAAUGAUGCUAAAACAGGCAAAUCAACUCUAGAACAGAUUAAUGAAACGAAACAGUUCCCAAUUUACGAAGAAUACGAAAAGGUUCCUGGUGAGAAAAAAUAA